AUGGCAUCAUCCAACAAGUCCACUGGUUCCCCUGCGCUCCUGUUCCUAGCGGUGGCACUCGCGUUAACGGCGGCUUCGGUGCGCGGUGCGCCGACGCCUGCUCCAACGCCUGCGCCCACACCCGCACCGACCCCUACACCGACUCCUGCUCCGACGCCUCCAGAGCCGACACCCGCACCGACCCCUACACCGACUCCUGCUCCGACGCCCGCGCCGACCCCUGCUCCGACGCCCACACCGACCCCUGCCCCGGCACCAUCCCAAAACCCGUGCCCUUCCGGCUUUCCUAACUCAGUCUCAUUCAUUCAAGGCAUGGCAGAUUAUCUUUUCCACCGCAUCGUUCUCGUCUUGUCCCCUGUCAAGGUCACCCCAGGCACCAGCACCACGAAAUGCAUUUGCUAUUUCUCUACCAACAUCACCAUCCCCAUUCCCUUGUCGCCCCCCAUUGUCGAGCCCAACGUCAAGGGCCCCCUCGCAUGCGUGCCAGCCAAAAAUUGA